AUGGAUUUUGUGUUAGGUUUGCCCCGCACCUUAAGGAAGCACGAUUCCAUUCUAGUAGUUGUUGAUCGUUUCUCCAAGAUGGCCCAUUUCCUACGAUGUUCUAAGACCUCUGAUGCUUCUAAGAUCGCAAAGCUCUACUUUGAUGAGAUUGUCAAACUUUAUGGUCUUCCCAAAACCAUAGUGUCUGAUAGGGAUGUUCGCUUCAUGAGUUAUUUUUGGAAGACCUUGUGGCAUUUAGUGGGCACCAAAUUGAAAUUUUCCACUGCAUUUCAUCCUCAAACUGAUGGUCAAACUGAGGUGGUUAAUCGUAGUCUAGGCAACCUCCUUCGGUGUCUAAUGGGUGAAGUCAAUCGGAAUUGGGAUUCAAUUCUUCUUGUAGCCCAACUUGCAUAUAAUAGCUCUGUCAAUAGGUCUAUAAGUGCUAGUCCUUUUGAGGUUGUGCAUGGAUAUACACCUAGGAAGCCCUUAGAUCUUUUGCCCAUGUCCCCACAUUUUAGGAUUUUUGAGUCUGCUGAGGCAUUUGCACGACAUAUUCAUAAUUUGCAUAAUGAGAUUCGCAAAAAAAUUCAGGUAGGGGAUUAUGUCAUGACUCGGAUUCGAUUUGAACGGUUUCCCUCUGGGACCAUUAAGAAAUUGCAGGCUCGUAGUGCCAGACCAUUCAAGAUCAAGGAUGGAUUUGAUGAUGGAAAAGAUUUGGUUGUUUCAGUGAUGUCUGCUAUGGGAGAAGAGCAGAUCUGUGGCCUUAAAGACAUUGGCCCCAAGUAA